AUGUGUGUUGUUUACAAUUCUUUGAUCAAAGGUCUUUGCAAUUCAGGCCGCUUGACUGAAGCAAGGAGAAUCUUUGAUGAGAUGGUUGGUAAAGGAAUCUCAGGAAAUAUGGCAACCUAUAAGGGUAUGAUUCACGGUUUUUGCCUACAUGGUCGUUGGAAAGAAGCAACAAGAUAUUUUGAUGAAAUGAUGGAUCGAGAGAUCUUACCUGAUACAAUAACCUUUAACAUAUUAAUAGAUUCUCAUUGUAAAGAUGGGAUGACGGAGGAUGCUUGGGGGUUAUUUGAAUUGAUGGACAAGUUAAACAUACAACCUAAUCAGAUUACUUAUAGUUCAAUGAUGAAUGGUCUGUGUUUGGCAGGUCGGUUGCAAGAUGCAGUGAAGCUUUUUGACUCGAUGGUCCACAGGGGCCUAGACCCAAAUGAGUUCAACUACAAUGUGUUAAUUGAUGGGUAUUGCAAGACUCGAAAGCUGGAUGAAGCUGUGCAGCUAUUUAAGAAAAUGAAACAAAAUGGAUUGCAAGUAACAACUGUUGUUUAUACUACAUUGUUGCGGGGACUAUACCGUGAUGGAAGAUUUGAAACAGCGCAGAGUUUGUUUAAUGAGAUGCAAUCUUGUGGUCAAAAUCCAAAUAAAUUUACAUAUAGUACGGUGUUAAAUGGACUAUGCAAGAAUGGAAAGAUUGGGGAAGCAAUAGUAUUAUUUGAGUCCAUGAAAACUACUGGUAUCUUACCUGAUAUUUACAUGUAUGCUAUUCUUAUACAUGGUUUUUGUCAAGCUGGCAAGUUGGAAGAUGCAAGAAAACUGUUUAAUAAGAUUCCAAAAGAAGGAUUAGUUCCUAAUGUAAUAACAUAUAACACAAUGAUGGAUAGCCUCUUUCAUAACAGGAUGUUCUUGGAGGCUGAAAGAUUAAUAGUGAAAUGGAAGAGAAAGUGUAAAGUUCCAGGAUUCUUCACUGUGAAGGCUAUAUGGUCCAAUAUAUGCAGCAUGUUUGAAAGAUAA